GGCAGCGGAGGCGGUGUUUGAGCACCAUGAGCCGUGCGGUGACCGUGGCCACCUGUGCCCUCAACCAGUGGGCUCUGGAUUUUGACGGCAACCUGCAGAGGAUUUUGAGAAGUAUCGACAUCGCAAAGAGCAAAGGAGCCCGGUAUCGGCUUGGUCCUGAGCUGGAAAUCUGUGGUUACGGCUGCUCGGAUCACUAUUAUGAGUCUGACACCCUCCUGCAUUCAUUUCAAGUUCUGGCAAAGCUUUUGGAGUCUCCAGCUGCUCAAGAUAUUAUCUGUGAUGUGGGCAUGCCUGUUCUGCACAGAAACGUUCGCUACAACUGCCGAGUGAUCUUUUUAAAUAAAAAAAUUCUUCUGAUCAGACCAAAAAUAUCACUGGCGAAUGCAGGAAACUACAGAGAGCUCAGGUGGUUUACCCCGUGGAACAAAGCAAGGCAAGUGGAGGAGUAUUUUCUACCCAAGAUAAUCCAGGAGGUGACCGAGCAGGAAACUGUUCCUUUUGGGGAUGCAGUGCUAGCCACCAAAGAUACCUGCCUAGGGGCAGAAAUAUGUGAAGAACUCUGGGCACCAAACAGCCCUCAUAUUGAAAUGGGUCUUGAUGGUGUGGAAAUUUUCACUAACUCUUCAGGGAGUCACCACGUGCUGCGGAAGGCUCACACCCGAGUGGAUUUAGUGAACUCUGCCACAGCAAAGAAUGGUGGAAUUUAUCUUUUAGCUAACCAGAAGGGCUGUGAUGGUGAUCGGCUGUAUUAUGAUGGCUGUGCCAUGAUUUCCCUGAACGGAGAGACUGUUGCCCAAGGAUCCCAGUUCUCACUUGAUGAUGUGGAGGUGCUGGUUGCCACUCUGGACUUGGAGGAUGUUCGGAGUUACAGAGCAGAGAUUUCCUCUCGGAACUUAGCGGCAAGUAAAGUGAAUCCUUAUCCCAGGGUGAAAGUGAAUUUUUCCCUGUCGUGUUCUGAUGAUGCAGCUGUACCUACUUGCACACCAAUCCAGUGGAGACAUCACAGUCCUGAGGAGGAGAUCAGCCUUGGUCCUGCGUGUUGGCUUUGGGACUAUCUAAGGCGUAGCAAACAGGCAGGAUUUCUCCUCCCUCUUAGUGGUGGAAUUGACAGCUCUGCCACAGCUUGCAUAGUGUACUCCAUGUGUCACCAGGUUUGCCUGGCAGUCAGGAAUGGAAAUGCAGAGGUGCUGGCUGAUGCUCGCAGGGUUGUGAACGAUGAGACCUACGUCCCUGAGGAUCCAAGAGAACUUUGCAAGCGUGUCUUUACCACUUGCUAUAUGGCCAGUGAGAACUCCUCCCAGGAUACCUGCAACAGGGCUAAACAGCUGGCUGAGCAAAUAGGCAGCUACCACAUCAACCUGAACAUAGAUGUGGCUGUGAAAGCUGUUGUGGGAAUUUUCAGCAUGGUGACAGGUCGAACUCCCCGGUUUGCUGCCUAUGGAGGGAGCAGCAGAGAAAACCUGGCACUCCAGAAUGUACAGGCUAGAAUAAGAAUGGUCCUUGCCUACCUGUUUGCUCAGCUGACACUGUGGACUCGUGGGAUACCAGGGGGACUUCUGGUGCUAGGAUCAGCCAAUGUGGAUGAAAGUCUCCGUGGUUACUUGACCAAGUACGAUUGCUCCAGUGCUGACAUCAAUCCCAUUGGUGGCAUCAGCAAAACUGAUCUGAAGAAUUUCAUACAAUAUUGCAUUGAAAAUUUUCAACUCACAGCCCUCAGAAGUAUCAUGUCAGCUCCCCCCACGGCAGAGUUAGAGCCUCUGGUGGAUGGACAAGUGGCUCAAACUGAUGAGGUGGACAUGGGGAUGACAUAUGCAGAACUCUCAAUCUAUGGCAAAUUAAGAAAAAUUGCAAAGGCUGGACCAUACAGUAUGUUCUGUAAGCUGGUUAACAUGUGGAAGGAAAUCUCUACUCCAAGAGAGGUGGCAUCAAAGGUUAAGCAUUUCUUCAGGAUGUAUUCCAUGAACAGACAUAAAAUGACCACUCUCACUCCUUCCUACCACGCUGAAAACUACAGUCCAGAUGACAACCGGUUUGACCUGAGGCCUUUCCUUUAUAACACCACGUGGUCCUGGCAGUUUAGGUGCAUAGACAAACAGGUAUCCAAGCUAGAAAAAAAGGAAGGAGUUUCUCUAGCUGGAGAUGUGGACUGAUUUGCUGAAUUAAGUCUGGUGGUCUGCUAAGCAGAAUGUUCAAAACUGGAGCAUUCUGUGGUGAGGAACAGAGAGGAACCAAACAGCUGUUGAGAUGAGCAUUGUAAAUGGCAUUGUAAUCAGGUCUCUCUUUUUGUUUUAAUUGACUCCCUGUUUUGUUCCAAAUACACUGAAGCCGUCGUUUGGCUAAGGAAUAAUUUAUGAAGGAUUUUCUUCAACUACUUGAGUUAAUUGCCUUUAAUUAAAACCACUUGGAUAAGCCCAUCAAUCAUAAAUACAGGGUAGUCUUGUGAAAGUGACAACACACACAAAUAGUAAGUUUGGUUCUAAUAAUUUGGACCUGAUUUUUGAGCAACAUUCAGUAUAAAAUGGUGACAGGUCUGGCAUGUGCUGUU